AUGUUCUGCGAUGACGAGGACACAGCGACGCUCCGCUGCUCCUCUGACCGUCGCCACCUCGGGAGGUGCACCGCAGGCAUCUUUGAGCAGAGGGGGAGUCCGAGAGAGAGGGACGUAUGCCCUGUUGUUUCGACGUAUCUUCAUGAGUUGGCCUCUGGGACAAGGUCCAACGCGUGCGCGGACGCAAGCGUGAAGGAUCUCCCUGGGUCGCUGACUGGCAGUGGCUCGUGGUGCCUGGACGCGAAAGCGCUGAAGGUGAAGACGAACGCCGGUGCAAAA